AUGAUUGUCUUACCACAUACACCCCCGCUUCCUAAGCAAAUCUCAGUUGCAUCAGAUAGACUCAACUCUGAGAUUAUCUCCAAACGGUCAUCGCUCAUCAACGCACCGACCUCAAAUUACAAUGACAUCAUUAGGUUCGUGGUGUCCAUGGAGGAAUAUCUCGAGCAAUUGUUUGAAUUUACUUACGAAAAUACAGGAUCUGGGCUCAACGGACUAAUUAAGUUUGCUUCUAAUUAUCAGAUUGGUUCCAGUGCAGAACCAUGGACGAUUAAGAAAGCGUCUAGCUCGCUAUCGGAUAAGAAGAUAAAUAUUAAGGGAAUUAAGGAAGCACCUCGCUCUCGCAGCUUGGAAUGGAACUUAUUCAAUGAAAUUGAACUCUCCAUAUUGUCCAUAUCAUUUUCGUACACUUCAAUUGGGUCCCAGUUGAUAAACGAACUAAUUGAGGAGUCUAGCGCUACCAAGGAAGUGGUUGAAAAGUGGAAACAGGUGGUGAAUUUCUUCAAGAAAGCAAUUUCUUUUACCCAGUUUGGAGCCCAAAUUAACAGAAUAUCAGCUUCGCCAACUAAGAUUAAUGGUGUCCUAUACAGUUUUUUGGAGAAGUUAAACAAUAUUAACAUUCAAUUGUCAAUAUUAUCGAAAUCUUCUUGGACCAAUAGAGAAGACUUCUCAAGAAAUGAAUCGUUCAAAACAAAUAAUAAUAGUACAUUGGCAAGAGUAGCCAUCUAUAUAGUUAACGAAUUAAGUAAUUCCCAAAGUAUUCUAGUUCAAUUGCAGGAUGAUGCUACAGGUAAAAAGAGAGAAGAUAGUAAUAACUCAAUUAAUCUAGAUUAUUCCUACUGGAAGGAUUACCUAGGAGUUAUUGAAAAAUAUGCCAUAGCUAACGCUGGGUUAUUUUUAUCAAUAGAAAACUAUCAACAAGAUAAAUUGGGAGAAGCCAUUGGUUUGGUCAACUUUAGUCUUUUGACCCUACAAAAAAAGAAGUUUGAUGAAAAGGCGCUGACUUCCUCCUCGUCCUCUUCCUCGGGCAAGCCAUCAUUUAGAAAGCUUCAAGAGAAAUUUAAGGCUCAUAGAAAUGAAGCGUACGUGAAAAAUUUAGAAUCGAUAACUACGUUGAACAUAAACAAUCUGGCAUUUCAGGAAAAGUCUUCGGGGAUAAUUUUAAAAGAUUUGUCUUAUCUUUUUGAUCAGUUGAUUCUAUUGCACGUUAAGUUUACGAAGGUUAAUGACAAUUUAAACUUUGAUCAGGUGGCUAGUUGGUCCAGUAUCAAUUCGGAUUCCAGGUGGCCGUUAGGAUGUCAAAUCCCGGUAUCAGCUGUGGAAAAGUACCAACCGCGGAGCAUAAAGGUGCACCCAGAUCAACAGGAACGAGAUGCUGGACAAUCCGGUAGAACGCAAUACUACUAA